CUCCCGGCAGGCAAGUAAGUGCGGCUGCCCCAGCUAGUGUCGAUGCCUGUGGCGCGAGCGGUCGCACUGGGCGGUCCCCUCGGCCCUGGAGCCCUGUUGCCCGGGCCGCAGCCCGAAGCCGACACGCUGCCUCUGGCCGGGGCCCGGGAGCACGCGGCGGCGGAGCGGCGAGGCCGGGCCAUGGCGAGCGGCGGGGACGAGUGCGCCCGGCUCCAGGCGAACGGGGCCGGCACGGAGCUGGAGGCCGAGGCCGUCUACGCGCAGGAGGAGUUCGAGUGCAGCAGCCGGCGCUGGGGAGCCCAGCACGUCGGGGCGCGGGAGCUGGCGGAGCUCUACUCCCCAGGGAAAAGACUGCAAGAAUGGAUCAGUGUCAUCUUCUGCUUCUGUCUGAUCUCUUUCAACUUCUACAAUCUCCUCUCCUACUUGAGCCUGGACCAUACUCUCUCUGUUAUUGUUGGGAUAUUUGCAGGAGUUAUUACUGCUGACUUUCUGUCAGGAUUAGUGCACUGGGGAGCAGACACCUGGGGAUCUGUGGAGCUGCCCAUAGUUGGAAAGGCUUUCAUCAGACCUUUUAGAGAACAUCACAUUGACCCCACAGCAAUUACUAGACAUGAUUUUAUAGAAACCAAUGGAGAUAACUGCAUGAUGACGCUAGUACCAUUGGCAAACAUGGCCUACAAAUUUGUUUCUCUUUCCCCAGAAGCGUUGUACCAGACAUGCCCAUGGGAAUGUUAUGUCUUUGCCCUGGCUAUCUUUGUAACGUUGACAAACCAGAUUCACAAAUGGUCUCAUACGUACUUUGGUCUUCCUCGCUGGGUCAUCUUUCUGCAGGACUGGCAUGUUAUCCUGCCGCGGAAACACCACCGAAUCCAUCAUGUGUCUCCCCAUGAGACUUAUUUUUGUAUUACCACAGGUUGGCUGAACUAUCCAUUAGAGAAGAUUGGAUUUUGGAGAUGCUUGGAGAAUAUUAUCCAAGGAGUGACUGGGCAAAAGCCUAGAGCAGAUGACAUGAAGUGGGCUCAGAAAGUUAAAUAAAACUCUUACCAGCCUUCUACAGUUCUUAUCUUUGUUGCCAACCUUUUUUAAAAAAAAAAAAAAAGCCAUCAGCCAAAUGCAAGACUUAUAAAGAAAUAACAGACUAAAGCACAAGCUAAAAAGUGCUAACAUCGACUGCAGUUAAAAACUCAUUCUUCUUAAAACAAUACUUGAAAUGCGAAUGGUUACUUUUCCGUUUGUACUGAGCACCUUUCUUUAGCCAUGUCUGCUGAUGUCUUAGAGUCUCAUAAAAGCCAUCAGGUGAGCCAGAGAGGAAGACGAUGCACCAUCACUUCUAAUACAUUGGUGGCACAGUAAACAUGUGUUGUAUCAACAUUAUUUAACUUUUAAAAGUAGCUUGUUGUCUAAGACCAAUAUGGAGAAUAGUGAAGAUAACUUGUCACGGCAUUUCAAGAAAUCCCAUCCAGAUAUGGUGCAUGAAAACAGCAUGUCAGAGUGAUCGAAGCCAGUAAAAUUGUCACCGUUUCAGUGCGUUUAGUGGUUGAUAAAUCUGUCACUUCCAUCUUUGCUAUUGCGUUAAGUCUUGUUAACGUGGUGUGGAGCAGACUUUGAAAUCUUGACUCUAUCAAUGGGCAAAGAAUUCUUAAGUGUUUUCAGUUUCUCUUAAAAUAAAAUAAAUUUGUUCAAAUUUUUGAGGAAUUUGAACCAACCAUUUCUGUAUAAGCGUUCAGCUUUACAUUAAUAAAUGUUUGAGUAUCUGGAGGGCACAUUGUAUAUGUGUAUCCCACAUGCUUGCAUUAAUUGAUUCGGAGUGCUCACUGAUGGGAUCUUGCAAGUAUGUGUUUCCUGUUCCAAUAAUGUUUAAAGUAGGUGUAGCAUUGGGCACAUCUGCAAAUUGUUGUCUCUUGAGAGCAAAAGACAUCAAAUUUGUGUCUUUAGCACAGAAAUGUUAAUGGUUGGUGUUUUUUAAGGUGCUUGUUGGUUUCUGUAAAUAAUAUAAAGCCUUAAUCUAUUCUGGUGUAACAUGGAAUAAUAUUUUAACGUGAUGUUCUGAAUGUAUAUAAUUUAUAACAGCAGUUGGAUAAUACUAAUCACAUUUGUUAAGUCUUGUUGCAGUUCUUUGUUUAUUUGAUGGUAUAAAAUCACACUUCAUCCUCAA